AUGAGCUCAAUGGGUGAUAACUACACAAUACACAAAGUUUCUUUAAAGCGAACCCGGCAAGCUUGUGGUCCUUGUCGUCGGAAGAAGGCGCGCUGCCCAGGCGAGAAACCGGCAUGCUCGCUGUGUCACAGGCUAGGGCAACGUUGCUCAUACGGACCACAGACAUCCGGUGUGAAGAAACACUCGGUUUCGGCUCCUGUGCCGGGCCAGGGAACACAACGCAGCAAUGAGGUAUUUACGCUUUCUAUUUCAGACCAGCUAUUGGAUUUGAUUGAAAGGGGGGAUGUCUCAAGCUCUGGGAGGCUUCAGCGUAUCGAAGAAAGACUAGACAUGAUGGCACUUUUACUCCAAGAAGGUUUACCAAGGUCUAAUUCAUUACGGGAAAUAUCGAAUGAUACCCAGCUCAAUGAUGAUCGUGAGCUGCAAGAGGCUUCUUAUGAUGACUUCGACAUAAUGGAUUGCCCAGAUAAUCACCCGCUGCCUUCUGAAAAGGAUUUUCCAGAUGCAUUUAUCGAGCAGGAAGUGGAGACCUACCUUACCUACUUUCAUGACCAGCCAUAUUGUCUUUUUUCAAAAACGUGGUUGUUGGGACAUACCGGCUCAUUGCCAUCAGAGGUCGCAUUUCCAUUAGUGGCCCUCACUUCCCGUCUGCCUCGACGAUCUCGCGGACCUCUGCAUAGGGACAUACCUGAUGCGGAAACACUCUCGGGGAAAGCUUGGAACCUUUUGUCAAAUCAGUACAAAGACGGCAAGAUGGGCAUUUCAUUUCUCCAAGGCACAUUUCUUAUGGCCCAGGUAGAUUUUGCUGAUGGAAAAGCUCAUCGAGGGUAUGCGUCGGUCGCCCUUGGAUUGCGUGCCAUUCAAUCCGUGGGGUUGAAUAAAACAAAGGACUCAUAUCUCUCAAAUGACCCAGAGAUCGAAACGAGAAAGCGCAUUACCUGGGCCUUUUUCAUGCUCGAUCGCACUUAUAGUGCUUCCCGAAAUUAUUCACUGUCCCUCUCAGACAAGCAGUUCACACUUCCAUUUCCUUUCCCAGAGACAGAAGCACUGUUCAGUGAUAAUCAAUCACUCUCUCACGGGUCUUUGCAUGAUGGCCCAGGAAAACAAGGGCAGAAAGUUGAUCUUGGUAUUCUUGUAUGUCUCCUGAGGCUAUACUCUUUAUGGGGGAAAACCACAGAGUAUGUCUUUGAAUCCUUUGCCGAGAACUCGCUUCCUCCCUGGCAAACCGGAUCAGCUCUCGCGAUCCUCGAGUCAGAAUGGUUGCAAUUUGAAACACAUUUUGCAGACGCACAUCGAUAUAUAAACGUUGAUUUCAAAAGCCGUGCCCGAGAAGAUCCAGAUCCACAAUCACGCACAUACCUCUCGACCUGGGUGUAUGUCCAGUUCCUUUUCCAUUCAAUCCAGGGCCUGCUACACCACCCAUUCGUGAUUAUGACCAAGCUUCGCAACUUUAACGGAAAUAUUUCGGCAACGUUUCUGCAAAAGUCAUUUGAGACAUCGCUUCUUCACUCUCGAUGGAUAGUUCGAUUUAUAAGGGAGAUGUCUGAGGUCAACUUUGAGACCUGUGAUCCUUUUCUAGGAUAUUUGGCUGCGAUCGCAGCAACAAUUCAGCUAGAGCACACUGGCAGCAAAAACCCACAAAUUGCUCUGCUACUUAAUAAAGAAUUUCGAGUUCUUGUUGACUUUAUGACGGAGCUGUCUGUGUAUUGGAAAAACAUGGGCGUUCUGGUUAACAAAGUGAAUGAACUUGCCGCUCGCCACCAAAAUUAUGGAUCACUCUAUUAUAACCAGGAAGGAUUCUCGGGCGCUUUAUCGAAAAUGCCAACCCCUUCGAAUAUGCCUAGAAUGUCCGCUGCAGACGAGAGUCUCAUGUGGGAGAUCCUCGAUUUUGGCUGCUCAUCAGGAGCCGAGACAAUGAACUUCGGGGAUUUGGCUAUCCCUAAAGAAAGCAAAAUCCAAGCAAAUAGAAUGCCAUCGAGAACUCAAGGGGUUGUUCAGCAAAACAGUGACGAUCAGAGAGGGCGAAUGAACCCAGAACUGCCAAACCUUGACCAAAUAUCUACACCCAUCAACGAAGGCCCUUUUCCUGAGUGGCCAUUUCAAACAAGGAAUGGUGGUGAUUUGAUUGGGGCUGCAAUGCCGGAUAUUCCAGAUUGGAUGAUCUUAGGAGAUUAUAUGGCAGAGCAUUUGUGA